AUGUCGGCCCUCACCGCCCCUCUCGGCCCUUUCCCCUCCCUCCCGCCUCACCUUGCCGGCCUCAAAGACUGGCGCAUCCUCAUCCUCUGCACGUCGGUCAACUCGUUUGUCCAAAAGGUCGUCGCGUACUUUGAUCACCUUGGCGUCGACAAUUAUGCGGUGCAGAUUGCAGGGUCGGCGGAAGGCAUGGUAGCUGCUGCGGAGGCUUACGAGCCGGAUGUGUUGCUGUGUCCGUUCUUGACGGCUAGGAUCCCGGAUAGUGUCUUCACCAGGUGGAUGACGCUCGUGAUCCAUCCCGGUCCGCCCGGAGAUGCCGGACCCUCAUCCCUCGACUGGGUCCUCAUGGGCGAUACCGGUCUCUCCCCCUCAUCCGCCGAUACCCUCGCACACCUCUCCUCCUCCGCCUACUCGCUCAAUCCCACUCAACGCUCUCACUGGGGAACCAUCUGUUUCCAGGCGAACGAAGAGCUCGACGGCGGCGCUGUAUGGGCAUGGGAGCAGUACCCUCUACCUCCUAUCGGCACCAUCACCAAGGCGCAGCUGUACCAGGGGCUACAUUCUCAAGCGGCCAUGUUGGCACUCAUCACCGCUCUUUUCCGGGUAUACGAGAUCUCCUCUUCGACCAUCGCUGCCGGUCAGCCCAUCGUCUCCGCUCGACCCAAGGCGGAGUGGGGUGCGCGCAGCAUCACAGCCGAUAAGCCCUUCCUCGGCGGUCCCGUCCACGAUCGACACCUCCUCCAGUCUAAAUCACGCCGGCCGGACUGGGCGACACAUACCGCCCGGGAUGUCUUGCGCAUCAUCGCCGCCGGGGACUCUCAGCCAGGCGGACAGAUCCCUCCUUUCACGACCGACUCCAAGACCGCUCUCUUCGCCUACGGCGCGUGCGUGCACGACGACCCCUCCACCAUCCCGGCACACCUGUACGGACGGUACGGCUCCCUCGAUUCCGUGCCGAACGGGACGAUCCUGGGUACGAGGGACGGUGCGGUGUUUGUCAAGACGGAACAGCGGUUCGGGGGCGGUGCGGGCGUCUGGAUCACGCAUGGCCGACCGCCCAAGAAGAGCCUGAAGGACCCGCUGGACCCCAAGGUGCCGAUGGUGGAUGCGAUCAAGAAGGCGGGGCACGGGGCGGCUCUCGAUGGAGUGCAAGAGUGGACGCAGGAUGGGUUCGAGUACAAGGCGGGGGAAUGGCAGGCGGUCUAUGUGAAGAGUGUGGAGGUGGAUGGUGGGAUUGGGCAGAUGGUCUACUGGAACUUCUAUAACGGCGCCUUCACCACCGCCAACUGCCAGCUUCUGCUCUCUGCUCUCCGAUGGGCUGUCGACCCAUCCCGCUCCCACCUCCCCAUCCGCCUCCUCGCUCUCAUGGGCGGCAACUACUUUUCCAACGGUAUCGCCCUCAACACGAUCGAAGCCUCCGAAUCCCCCUCGCACGAGACAUGGGCCAAUAUCAACGCGAUUGACGAUAUCGUCGAGUUCCUCCUGGGCGAUACGGUCGCGGAGCGCUCCCCCAAGUUCGCCGGGGAGAAGACAUUGGUGGAAAGGGAGAUUGUGACGAUGGCUUGUCUUCGUGGAAACGCGGCGGCGGGAGGAGUCGCGCUGGCGGCGGCGUGUGAUGUGGUGGUCGGUGCGCGAGGAGUGGUCCUAAACCCGGCGUAUAGGGCGAUGGGGCUACACGGGUCCGAGUUCCACUCGUACUCUUAUGCCAACCGGUGCGGACUCAUCGUUGCCGCCCACCUACUCCAUGACAUGACACCCAUCUCCACCUCCGACGCGCGCACCAAAGGCCUCAUCGACGUCGAAGUGGGGUCUUACGAUUCCUCCCCCGCCUCCGUCGAGCUCGCCAUGAUCGAGCAGGUCCGCGCCCUCCUUGGUUCUUCUACAGCCACUACUCCCGGCUCACUCUCCACUCCGCUUCGAGCGGCCCCAUGGGCUCAUCCCUCUUCUUCCACCUCACAGCCCACUAUCCGCUCCAUCUCGAGCUACAAGCUCGACAGAUACACUGAUCCCAACCGCACCCUCCCGCCGUUGGUGCACUACCGCACCGAGGAGCUCUCGCAGAUGCUGCUUGACAGCUUCCACCCCGUCCGGUCCAAAAGGUACCAUACCCGCCGAGAAGCGUUUAUCCGGAAAUACAGGUCGUCAGCUACGCCGGCGCGGUACGCCCGUGCUCUGGCUACUGGGCCGGAUGAGGAGGAUCUGCCGGCCUUUGAUGAGGCGGAGGGGUGGAUCAGGGGAGAAGAGUGGGGAUGGGUGGGUAUGCCUGUCCCGGCGAGUAUGGCGACCAGCGAGGGGACGAGGGUGGAUCUUUACCCUAUCGAGGAACCGGCGAGCCACGCUAGUGGAGGGUCCAGCCCGAGCUCCGGGAUGAGCGACUCGGGACUGGGACCGAUUACGCCCAUGAAGGGCGUCAUCGUCGGCGGUGUUCCUGUCGAGAGGGAGGGUAAGGGGAAGAUGGGGAUGCAGGGUUUUGAGGGCAAGAUGACGGGCGCGGAGGGGACCAAGGGGGAUGUGCUGUUCCAGUGUCUGUAUCAGGCUGGGGCGUAG